UAACACUUAACACUUCCCUCUUUCUCUUCCUCCUUCUCCCCCAAAAAGGCAUUGGGGUUCCAAUCCUGCCUUCUCCUUCAAUCUCCCGAGUAGCCUCUACUCGAUCAAUUAACUCUUGUCCUCCCCUCCGUGUACCCCCCCCCCCAACUACCCCUCCAUCCCCUCACACCACCACCAUGGCUACUCCAUUUCUCGUCUCCUACGACCCUUCCUCCAAUGGCCUAUCACUCAAACAGAUCGCGUACUUCGGUCGUGUUCUGAUUAAGGUUUCCAGCGUCGCGCAAGCCGAAGAUUUCCUACGUCAGAAUUUCCGUCUACUAGAUGUCUAUGUUGAUGCCACCGCCAUCUCCGCUACCGGGGACCUCGUCGAUAUCCUCAACGCCGGUGCCGCUAAGAUCUUUAUUACCCUCGACCAACUGACUGCCCUCUCUCAAGAACAAUCCGUUCCCUCGUCACGACUGGUUGUCUAUACCUCUUCCGACAGCCAGGUAGGCUCCUUCCAGAGUUGGGUGGGUGAAGAUUCCGAGCGCAAGGAUGCCGGCGUUUCCACCAAUUCGUCCGCUGUGAAGGCUUUGGUCGACAAAUUGGGCCUGGAUCCGGAAGCACAGAAUCUCUACAGAACUUAUUCCACCGCUGUCACAGAGGAUGCUUUGAAGGAGACUUUGACUCAGGGUGCUGUGAGCAUUGUGCCUGCGCAAGCUUUGACCCUUGAUCGCAACCAGGCCGACGGCAAGAUUGUCGCCUCUUCUCUUAUAGCAGCUCGUGCAGUAGUUGACCAGAACAACGGCCUUUAUGCCACCACCGUGACUGAUGAAAGAGGAACCUGUCUGGGGCUCGUCUGGAGUAGCGACGAGAGCAUCGCCGAGGCUCUCCGCACGGGCACCGGUGUCUACCAGAGCCGGAAACGCGGCCUGUGGUACAAGGGUCAGUCGAGUGGCGAUGUGCAAGAAUUGAUCAGAGUGGGAUUUGAUUGCGACAGUGAUUGCUUGGUUUUCGUUGUCAACCAGAUCGGUCGAGGCUUCUGUCACCUGGGUACGGCCCGUUGCUUUGGUCCCUACAACGGUCUUUCGCGUCUUCAGAAAACCUUGCAGGCCCGCAAAGCGGAUGCUCCCAAAGGUUCCUACACUGCCAGGCUCUUCAACGAGCCCAAACUCAUCCAAGCCAAGAUCAUGGAAGAAGCCGACGAGCUGUGCCGCGCCAGCACCAAGGAAGAGAUUGCUUCUGAGGCGGCCGACCUCCUUUACUUUGCUCUGACCCGCUGUGUGGCUGCCGGUGUCAGCCUGGAGGAUGUAGAGCGGAACUUGGACCUCAAGAACCUCAAGGUGAAGAGAAGAAAGGGCGAUGCCAAGGGCCCUUGGGCGGAGAAGGUCGGUCUAGCAGCUCCUGCCGCUACCCCCGCCCCUGCCCCCGUAGCCGCCGAGAAGAGCCAGCAAUCGGCCAAGGAGGAGAAAAGCCGCAUCCAGAUGACUCGUGUCAUAACCGCUUCAACCCCCGUAGAAAAAGUUCAGGAUUAUCUAAAGCGUCCCUCGCAGAAAUCCAACGAUGCGAUCGUUGGCCUUGUCCGUCCCAUCAUUCAGGAUGUUCGCGAGAACGGCGAUGCAGGUGUCCUCAAGUAUACCCACAAGUUCGAGAAGGCUACUUCCCUCACAUCCCCCGUGAUCCACGCUCCCUUCCCGCCGGAGUUGAUGCAGGUGUCCCCCGAAAUUAAGGAAGCGAUCGAUGUCAGUAUAGCCAACAUCGCCAAGUUCCACAGUGCUCAGAAGGGUAGCAACGAGGCUCUCAAGGUUGAGACUAUGCCCGGCGUUGUUUGCUCCCGCUUCUCAAGACCCAUUGAGCGCGUUGGUUUGUACAUCCCCGGUGGCACUGCCGUGCUGCCUUCAACCGCCAUGAUGUUGGGUGUUCCUGCCAUGGUGGCCGGCUGCAAGAAGAUUAUCUUUGCUUCACCGCCUCGUGCCGACGGUAGGGUUACGCCUGAGAUUGUCUACGUUGCCCACAAAGUUGGAGCGGAGAGUAUUGUGCUUGCCGGUGGUGCCCAGGCGGUUGCUGCCAUGGCGUACGGUACAAAGAGCAUCAGCAAGGUUGACAAGAUCUUGGGCCCCGGUAACCAGUUCGUGACCGCCGCUAAGAUGCUGGUCUCCAACGAUACCUCUGCAGGAGUCAGCAUUGAUAUGCCGGCCGGCCCUAGUGAGGUCCUGGUGAUUGCAGACAAGCAGGCCAACCCCGCAUUUGUUGCCUCGGACCUGCUGAGUCAGGCAGAGCACGGCGUUGACUCCCAAGUUAUCCUUAUUGCCAUUGACCUGAACGAGCAGGAGCUGCAGGCCAUCGAGGAUGAGGUGGACAAGCAGGCCAGGGCACUCCCUCGUAUGGAUAUCGUCAAGGGAUCUCUCGAGCACUCAGUCACAUUUGUGGUGCGUGACCUCGCCGAGGCCAUGGCUCUGAGCAACGACUAUGCUCCAGAGCAUCUCAUCCUACAAAUCGAAAACGCGGAGGCCGCUGUGGAUCAGGUCGAGAAUGCCGGCAGUGUCUUCAUUGGCAAAUGGACCCCUGAGAGUGUGGGAGAUUACUCGGCCGGGGUGAACCACUCUUUGCCAACCUACGGAUAUGCCAAGCAAUACUCUGGAGUGAAUCUGGGGUCUUUCCUUAAGCACAUCACCAGUUCUAACUUGACGGCCGACGGAUUGUUGGGAUUGUCGCGCACUGUUGAGCAGUUGGCGGCUGUGGAAGGCUUGGACGCCCACAAGCGGGCUGUGAGCAUCCGAGUAGCCCACAUGAAGGGACAGUAGAUCCAUUAGCCAGGGAUAUGCGGUGUUUCAUUUUGGCUUUUCACGACCUCAACUCUUAUGGGUAAUCUGAAUCUUACUUUUCCACUGACGUUUUACAAAAGACAAGU